GCCGCCGCCGCCCCAGGAAGCGCAGGGCUGUAGCGCCCGGCCCGCCGCCGCCAUGCAUUGUGGGGCGGCAGCAGCAGAGCAAGAUGGCGGCCAGCAGGAGGCUGAUGAAGGAGCUUGAAGAAAUCCGCAAAUGUGGAAUGAAAAACUUCCGUAAUAUCCAGGUUGAUGAAGCUAAUUUAUUGACCUGGCAAGGGCUUAUUGUUCCUGACAAUCCUCCGUAUGAUAAAGGAGCCUUCAGAAUUGAAAUCAACUUCCCAGCAGAAUAUCCAUUCAAACCUCCUAAGAUUACAUUUAAAACAAAGAUCUAUCACCCUAACAUCGAUGAAAAGGGGCAGGUUUGUCUGCCAGUAAUUAGUGCUGAAAACUGGAAGCCAGCAACCAAAACUGACCAAGUAAUCCAGUCUCUCAUAGCACUGGUGAAUGAUCCACAGCCCGAGCACCCCCUUCGGGCUGACCUAGCUGAAGAAUACUCUAAGGACCGUAAAAAAUUCUGUAAGAACGCUGAAGAGUUUACAAAGAAAUAUGGUGAAAAGCGACCAGUGGACUAAAACCUGACACAGUUGGUGUCAGCAACGUAUGAUAGAAGAUCGGAGCAGUGCAUUUGAGACACCCCGUAAAGCAGGACUCUAUGGAAAAUUGACAAGUGCCACCUUUCGGUGUUAACUUGUGGCUGUUACUAACUUUCUACAGUUUUCUUAAUCAAAAGUGGGCUAGGUAACCUGUAAAGAAAGGAUUAAAAUUUAAGAUGUUCUAGUUCUGCUUUCUUUGUUUAAAAAUCACUGCUUCAAUAUACUUUAAAGUAUGCUGUUUUCUUUUUCUUGUCAGAAUUUAUCAAAAAUAUCUUAGACUUAUAUUCUGCCCUUAAAUUGAAAAGGUUGCGGCUGUCACUUAUUUUUUCUGCAGUUCCCACUAUCUUGAGUUCACUCAGUUCUUUAUUGGAUUUUAUCCCCCUCCCCAAGCCGAUGUCUUAGGAAAGAAUAUCCCAGUUCUGGCAGAAAAUGAUUGAGUGUUUGGCAGUUUUGUUUACUUUUCCUUCCAAAUGUUGCACUGUGCUUUGUGGGACUUGCUGCAAGUUCCCCUUAACUUCAGUUUGUAACAUAAUAAAUCAACAGAUCCCACAAAACCAAUCAGAAAUAAUGUCCAGGUCUCAUGUAAAUCUGGCUGAUGUUACCACCAAAUGUUUAUUAAACGGGGAAACCCAAGUUUUUGUGUGCGUCAUUGAAUUAAAAUACGGCUCAUGUCCUGCUUUUGGAAAACUUUGGGGAAAAAAAUUCUAUAGCAAGUGAGUAGUGGAAUGUGAUUACAAACUUCUUUCACUUCUGUUCCUAACACCUCUGCAGAGCAGCUGGGGACGCGCACCCACAGAACAACAGCCCAACCAGUUCAGAAGAGUUUCAGAAACUGGGGACCAAGAGGUACCAAAGCGAUGAACUGUGUUUUGAGUUAAAAAUUGGUCAUCUGGAGAUGCUAAUUUUGAAUUCAAGUACUAAAUCUGGCAGCACUGCUGCCCAUCUUGGAACACUUCUCCAUCAGAAUGCGUAACAAAUAUCCAUGUAUUAAUGGGAUGGCACUUGUGCCAUGUGCCAGCCCAAUUGCUGCACAGUUCUGACUGAGAAUGGGAGGAGAGCAGGGCUGAGCACUGACCUGUAAGGGAGUGCGCUUCGCUGCUGCUGCUCCUGUGUUGUGAAACCACACAGGUUAGAUGAUGUAAUGAGUGCAUCAGGUCUCAUUGUGUCAUUCUAACCUCAUCAGGCAGAGCUGUGUUCCUGCUGCUGCCGGGCCCCCUGCAAAUGCUGAAGGGGGAAGCCCUUUCUGCUCAGAACUGCGCGUCCUUUACUGCGCCUGUUGCUUUCUGCCUACGCCACUUCUUCCCCAGCCUAAAGCGUGACCGUAGCUACAGUCAAACUGCCAUGCAGUCAAACUGCCGCCUCCUCCCGCCUCUUGAACUUGGGUAGGUUACUAAGCAAAUCUCCACAAAUCCACAGGGAUUGGGGAGCACAUAUCAUUGUGAUAUGCAGGAAGCUGAGUUAGAAAAUCCCUCGUACCCAGGUGGUUGUCUGCACUCCUAAAUUCAGAUUUAAUACAGCCUCUGCCUUUGCAACCUUUCAGAACUAGUGUGUCAAGCAGUAGGUCUCUUUUGGUUUUAAUGUCUUGUAUAUUUGCUAUUUCUUCAUUCAUCCCUCCCAUCCGGCUUUCAUUUCGACUUAGUGUAAACAAUGACAGCUCAGUACCUCACCUCUGAAAGUACUUUGUUUUUAUAAGUUAGGAAGCUAAGACAUUCUAUGUUUUAAGUGUUCUUAGACAGAUUCUUUGGCAGGUAAAUAAACCACAUUCACCUUAUUUACAUGAAACUUGCAUUUCCUGAGUGUUUUCAGGCUUGUGAGAGCACUGUCUAUUACCAGAUUUUCACAUCUCUUGUGUCUUCAUUUGCAGAAAGUUGGUACUGCUUUUGUUUCAUUCACGCUCGGAUUCAUAAUAAAACAAUGCCAAAUUAUCUGUCAAGCUGAAGUGUGUAACUUCCGCAUCACGUGAGUCACUGUACCUUCCGAUCAUGUCUGUGGGCAUGGAAACUCGCCAUCCUUGAGAUUUUAUUUAAAACAAGACUGUAGCACUAGUUGGCUGCCCUCGUUACUACUCAAUCGCAUACUUUCUGGUUGUGAGCCUCUCAGGUCAAAGACUGCGUUUCUCUGAACCGGUGUGACUCGGAUGCCGUUGAAGGGAGCUGGAAGGGCUGUGUAACACGAGGAGCUCCAGUCCAUCCCUGCAGGCCUACAGCAGCGCUACACCAGCUAUUCCGAUUUCAUCUGCAAAGGUCACAUAGAAGACAGAUAUUGCCAUCAGUUCUCUGGGUGUGCUCGGCAUAGUUCAUUUUCUAAACUACAAGAUGUGUAACCCAAGUGAUGGCUUUUGUUUGUAGGCAGCCCUCUGGAAAAAGAUCAGAUACUGUGCUGUAUGCUUGAAGUCUGAGGAAAAUAAAUCACAGUAUGAAGUCCUAUGUUAACUCAGGAAAUCAAGCUCUUGUUCUCUCCGGUUCCCCAAGCCAUGCUGAAUUCUAAACGUGCAGUUUAAUAUCCAAAAUACAACAUGCUGGUAAAACUACACCCAGGAGUACUGGUAUAGGCUUCCUGCAAUUCCAUUCUGCUACCCUAAUAAAAAUUUGCUCUCAAA